UGGCGGAGGCUCUGUGGUCUGGUGUCUACCUCACGGAAACCGGCCUCUCCGUCCCAGAAGGUCUUCAGGGCAGACGCAGUUCGUCACGUAAUGUUACACUCUGGGCUACCAUACGUGUUUGUUUUGUUUUUAGUAAUGCCACAGAGUCUUCGGUGGAAUAGAGUACGAGGCGUGAUACAUACAAGAAAUACCACAUUCCUCGUGAGGGAGAACUUUGUUUCCUGGUGGUGGCUGAGGCGGGGAGGCGAGGGGCUGGUGCCUGUGUGUGAGCAGUGCAGCUCCAGGGUGUGUGGGGAUGUCGGUAGCCAGCGGUACAUGUAUCAUAUUUUGACUAAAAAUACAACAGUAACAGAUCACAACCGCAACCUGCUGGUGGAGACCAUUCGUUCCAUAACAGAGAUCCUGAUCUGGGGGGAUCAGAAUGACAGCUCAGUGUUUGACUUUUUCUUGGAGAAGAAUAUGUUUGUGUUCUUCCUGAACAUCCUGCGUCAGAAGUCUGGUCGUUAUGUGUGUGUGCAGCUGCUGCAGACUCUGAACAUCCUUUUUGAGAACAUCAGCCAUGAAACAUCCCUGUACUACCUGCUCUCUAAUAACUAUGUGAAUUCUAUUAUUGUCCACAAAUUCGACUUUUCUGAUGAGGAGAUCAUGGCAUAUUACAUAUCAUUUUUGAAAACUCUUUCCCUGAAACUCAAUAAUCAUACUGUACAUUUCUUUUAUAAUGAGCACACUAAUGACUUUGCUUUGUACACUGAAGCUAUUAAAUUUUUUAACCACCCCGAAAGCAUGGUCAGGAUUGCUGUUAGGACUAUAACUUUAAAUGUCUACAAAGUGUCAUUGGAUAACCAGCCUAUGCUGCAUUACAUUCGAGAUAAAACUGCAGUUCCUUAUUUCUCCAACCUUGUCUGGUUUAUUGGAAGCCACGUGAUAGAACUGGAUAACUGCGUGCAGACUGAUGAAGAGCACAGAAAUAGGGGCAAACUGAGUGACCUGGUAGCAGAACAUCUUGAUCAUUUGCAUUACCUUAAUGAUAUCCUUAUCAUUAAUUGUGAAUUUUUAAAUGAUGUGCUGACAGACCACCUACUUAAUAGGCUCUUUCUUCCCCUCUACGUAUACUCAUUAGUAAAUCAAGACAAGGGUGGAGAGCGUCCAAAAAUAAGUCUCCAGGUUUCUCUCUAUCUUCUUUCUCAAGUUUUUCUGAUUAUACAUUAUGCCCCAUUGGUGAACUCCUUGGCUGAGGUUAUUCUCAAUGGGGACCUCUCAGUGUUUUCUUCUAAGGUUGAGCAAGAUAUACAGAAAAACUCAGCAAAGUCAAGUAUCAGAUGUUUCAUAAAACCCACAGAAACACUUGAGAGGUCUCUUGAAAUUAACAAACAGAAAGGGAAGAAAAGGAUGCAGAAAAGACCCAACUAUAAAAAUGUUGGUGAAGAAGAGGAAGAGGAGAGAGGAUCUGAAGAUAACCAAGAUGACCUUGAUAAAAGUAAAAGUACAGAAGCAAGUUCAAAGGGUGUAAGAACAAGCACUGAAAAUGAAGAAAUAGAGAUGGUAAUCAUGGAGAGAUGUAAGCUGUCAGAGCUUUCUAUCUCUGCUGUGACAGAACAGAAUACAACCGAUGAAGAAAAGAGUGCAGCUGCUUCUGGAAGUGAGAUAACAAACUGGAACAGGCCUUUUCUUGAUAUGGUCUAUAAUGCACUGGACUGUCCUGAAGAUGAUUACUAUGCCCUCUUUGUGCUUUGUCUUUUAUAUGCCAUGUCACACAACAAAGGACUUGACUCAGUCAAGCUGGAGAGAAUUCAGCUUCCAGCUCAACAUGCUGAAGAGAGAAAUUCAUAUAAUCAUGUCCUUGCAGAAAGGCUCAUCAGAAUAAUGAAUUAUGCUGCACAACCAGAUGGAAAAAUUCGUUUAGCAACUUUAGAGCUUGGCUGCCUGUUGCUGAAGCAGCUUGUGUUUUCUAAAAAUGGCAGGAUCAUAAAAAGUGUUCACCUUGAUUGUCUUGAGGGUGCAAGGGAGGAAAGUGUUCAUCUCCUUCGUCGUUUCUAUAAGGGAGAAGAAAUAUUUCUGGAUAUGUUUGAAGAUGAAUACCGGAGUAUGACAAUGAAACCUAUGAAUGUAGAAUACUUGAUGAUGGAUGCCUCAAUCUUGCUACCCCCAACGGGGACACCACUGACUGGGAUUGAUUUUGUGAAAAGAUUGCCUUGUGGAGAUGUGGAAAGAACACGAAGAGCAAUCAGAGUUUUCUUUAUGCUCCGUUCACUGUCACUGCACUUGAAAGGUGAGCUGGAAACUCAGUUACCGCUCACCAGGGAGGGAGAUCUGAUAAAGGCAGAUGAUGUUCUGGAUUUGAAUAACAGUGAUCUGAUUGCUUGUACAGUCAUAACAAAGGAUGGGGGUCAAGUUCAAAGAUUCCUGGCUGUGGAUAUUUACCAGAUGAGUUUGGUUGAACCAGAUAUUGCCAGACUUGGAUGGGGAGUAGUUAAAUUUGCAGGUCUUCUGCAGGAUAUGCAGGUGACCGGAGUAGAGGAUGACAGCAGAGCCCUGAACAUAAUAAUUCACAAGCCUGCCUCAAGCCCUCAUUCCAAGCCCUUCCCGAUCCUCCAGGCCACGUUUAUUUUUGCGGAUCACAUUCGCUGCAUCAUCGCCAAGCAGCGCCUGGCCAAAGGCCGGAUCCAGGCUCGGCGCACCAAAAUGCAGAGAAUAGCAGCUCUCCUGGAUCUUCCUGUUCAGCCUUCAACUGAAGUUAUGGGUUUUGGACACAGCUCUGGAGCUGCAGCCCAGCACCUCCCAUUUAGAUUCUAUGACCAGUCCCGGCGUGGGAGCAGUGACCCAACAGUGCAGCGCUCUGUCUUUGCAUCUGUUGACAAAGUCCCAGGCUUUGCUGUAGCCCAGUGCAUAAAUCAGCACAAUCCAUCCCCACUCUCGUCACCAUCCCCUUCCAGUGGCAGUGGCAGUACAGGACGCUGUGAUUCAGUGACUGCAAGCUCGACAUCCACUCCUUCUGCUGCUCAGAGCCCAGCAGAUGAUGCUUCAGCUCCAGAGCAGCCUCUGAUGGCCAGUUCCAGUCAGACAAUGUUGACUGAUGAAACUCUUUCAGCUGUUUCGAAGUCCAGCAAAAACACUGUAAAAACCAGUGACAUAGAAACAGCCAACCUGUCUCCCAGCCUGAUUCCUGCACAGCAGCCCACAAUAUCCUUAAUCACAGAUGACAACACGGACACACUGAGUGUGGAGUCGCUCACACUGGUGCCACCAGUUGAUCCACACAGCAUUCGAACAUUCAGCUGUAUCCCUCAGGCCUCUUUGCAGUCUGAAGUUGAAGCUGACAAGGUGAAAGAGGUAGAGGAAGAAUGUUCUGACUAAAGCCACCAUGUAGGCUCCAAUAAAUAGCGAAGGAAGCGCAACCAAAUUGUGAUUUGUUUUUUCUCUGGGAGUGCAGAUACUUCUGGGGACUUGAGAGGCCUCAGGUCCACACGAAGGGACCAACUGGUGACCGAGAAUGUCAGCAGCUUUUAGACCCAACAUCGGAUACUCAGCAUAUCUGAACUGGAGAAGAGAGAAAAAACCCAACCUUUUGAACCUGAAGUGGUUCUUUCCUACCAGUUAAUGUCAUACAAGAACAUGAACAUAUUUCAGAGAACCUACUGUCUUUCUAAUAGGAACUAAUUAAUUGAAAGGUCUACAGUAUUAUGGCAAAGUGAAGAGAUUUUUGGAUACCCAGCUUCAUGGUACUGCAUUAUUGCAUCUCUGAAACAAGAGACAUACCUUUGACCAGAAAAAAUUAUAUAUUGUAGGACAGAGGUAAAACUUC